AUGGCGACGCCAUCAAUCGACGAAUCGCUAGCCUCUCUUCUCCAGAAAACCUCUCUCUCGUCCGAAGUCUCCUCCGACAGCGACCCCGUCAAGGCCUCGAGUGCCCUCUUCCCCGACGCCCACUACAGCGACGCCGAAAAGAGCGAAAUCAGCCAAUGGCUCAUUACCGCCUCGCACAUCGGCUCCCCCAGCGAGGACCAAGCGAAGACCGCUGAAAGGCUCUCGUCACUGAACACACACCUCUCGAGCCGCACCACUGUGCUCGGCAGCAAGCCCUCAAUCGCAGACCUAGCACUCUAUCAACAUCUCGCGCCUGUGGUAUCAAAAUGGUCAACCGAAGAGCGCACAGGCGAGCAAGGCUACCACCACAUCGUGCGCUUCGUCGACUUCGUCCAGGACGCACCCGUAUUCGGCCUCAAGCUCCCAGAUAGCGAGAAAGUAGCUAUCGACCCCAACGACGUCAAGUUCACCAUCAAGCCCAUCGACGCCAAAGCAGAGAAAGAGCGCAAGAAGAAAGAGAAAGAAGCCGCAGCCGCCAGCGCCGUCUCCUCCGGCGCAACCCCCACCACCCUCACCGGCUCGCGGACACCGCCCACCGACUCCAGCCGCAAAAGUAAGAAAGACAAAACUCCCGACACUCCCAAAGACCUCGGCGACAAAGUCGGCGCCGCCGUCGCCGCCUCCCCCUCCGUCCCGAUCGGCCAGCCCAGCGCCGGCGAGUCUUCACAGAAGAAAGAAAAGAAGCCCAAGCAGCCUAAACCCCAAAAGGCCGCCGCGCCCGAGAAGCCGCUCUCCCCAAGCCUAAUCGACCUGCGCGUCGGCCACAUCCUGAAAGCAAUCAACCACCCCAAUGCCGACAGCCUAUACGUCAGCACCAUCGCAUGCGGCGACGCGCCCGGCACCGAGAAUACGAGCGAGUACGAGGGCCAAGUCGUGCGGACCGUCUGCUCCGGCCUCAACGGCCUGAUACCCCUCGAGGAGAUGCAGAGCCGGAAAGUCGUGACGGUGUGCAACCUCAAGCCCGUCACGAUGCGGGGCAUCAAGUCAUGCGCGAUGGUACUCGCUGCCUCUCCACGCGUUGCUGAAGGGGAGGACAGCCAUGGCGGGCCGGUUGAGCUGGUAAAUCCGCCGGAGGGCGCGGAGGCGGGGGAGAGGGUCUUCUUUGAGGGGUGGGAGGGCGAACCGGAGCCGGUGCUGAAUCCGAAGAAGAAGAUUUGGGAGACGUGCCAGCCGGGAUUUACGACGACGGAGGGACUGGAGGUGGGGUUUGAGGUCGAUGCCGUGCCGCAGUUGGCGGGUGAGGGGGCGGAGAAGAAGACGGGGGUGGCGAAGCUGAGGACGAGUAAGGGCGUGUGUACCGUCAAGAGUCUGAAGGGGGCUACGGUUCGGUGA